UGUGUUUUAUAGACUAUAUACGCUUGAGAUGCUAAUGUCUUUCGUUUGUGGCAAUUCAUAUUUUUUUAUUAAAUAAUUUAGUUUAUAUAUAUUAUUUAAUAAUAUAAUAAUUCUGUUAAAUGUAUUUGUUGAAGAAUUUUGUUAUUUGAAUUCUUUGGUAGCUAUUACAGUAUAAAUAUAUCAUAUUUUUAUGUGAAUGAAGGAUGUAAGAUGUCCCAGCACGGUGCUGCGCUGCAAACAUAUAAUCAAGAAUUAGUAAAAUUUUUUCUGAAACUUUUCAAGGUUUGGAAGAAAUGAAGUUGAGACGAGCAGAAUUACAAACACAAAUUGAAGCGCAAGAAGAAGAAAAAAACAAUCUGCAGAGAGAAAUAGAGAAAAUGUCGCAUAAACUUACAAGAUUAAAUGAUAGUCUUGCUAAAAGAGUAGCUGUUAGAAAUGAAUAUGAUAGAACUAUUGCAGAUACAGAAACAGCAUACAUGAAAAUUUUAGAAAGUUCGCAAUUAUUACUUAAUAUGAUAAAGAGGGAAGCUACAAAUUUAGUGAAGGCCAGUAUGGAUAAGCAACAAUUUAGACAAUGAUGAAAUAAAAAUAUUAAUAAAUUUUUUAUAAUGUAUUUAUUAAAAUAUUCACAUUAUAUUAUCUAUUAAAGAAAUUGAUCUACCAGUUUAUAACAAGUACAAAAUUGUAAAUAUUUUCUAUAAGAUGAUAGAUUAUUUUGUAAUUAUACAUUAUAUUGAAAUAUUAAUGUAUUGUACAAAUUUUUCAUAAUCUAUUUAUAAACACAAUAAUGUACAUAUAUGUAUUUUAUCGUAUGGUGUAUGGUCAUUUAAAUAGGUAUUAUUUUCAUAGGAAUAUUUUUUUAUUAUUAAAAAUUGCAAAUAGAUGUAUUUAGGAAUAUAAUGAUGAUGUAAUAGUUUCUAAAAAUUUUAAUUUAUAUCUAAUAUUAGUCAAUUAUCGAAACUAAUUCGUAUUGCCUUAACUUUUCUAUUAUAGAUUAUUGUUCUGUAUUACAUAAAGACUGACCAAAGAUUGUAGAUUCAUUUAUAAGUAUAUUUUAUAUUUGUAAAAAUUUCUGUAAUAAUACUACUUGUAUCAUACUUAAUACUUCGUUCUUUGUAAUUAUAUUAAGUGUGAUCUACAAUAUAAUAAUAGCAAAACAUAA